AUGUUUCCUUCCUGUCCAUCUAAGGAGAAGACGGAAUCCUACGCCACGCCUGAGUCGUCCGACAUUGACGGGGCUGCUCACUCUGGUGAGACAACCCCAGAAUUCUCCCAAUCCCAACACUUUAGUCCUCCAAGAUACCAUAGGAGAGAAAGCAGCGUUUCCGACUUUGGGUAUCACAUUCCCCCUCCACCAUUUUUCAAUGGUGCUUGCCCGUUUGCAAAGUUUGGCGUGGCACCCCCUCCUUUUCCUCCUCCUCCUCCUCACUGGCACCAAAUGAACCCACACGACCCAUUCUUUCAAGAGUUUCAGGCUCACCACCCACGUAAACCUUCAUUAUUGCGUAAAGUCUUGGUUGUUUGCAUGGCCAUAAGUGCUGCUUUUGCCUUCUUCCAAUUGGGCAGAGGCUAUGAGAUGUUCUCGGAUAAUAUGGGUAUGAUGUCUGACUCAUGGGACGAUUUUGAUCACGAGGAUUCUCUCAGAGAGUAUCACGGGGGCCACCACGGGGGCCACCACGGAUAUCACCACGGAUAUCACCACGGAGAUCAUAAUGGAGAUCAUAAUGGAGAUCAUCACCCUUGGAAGGACUGUCCAGAUGGAGACUAUCCACCCCCACCACCAAGUAACGGUGCCGAACCUGAAUUAGGCAAUGUACGUCCAGGUAAACAGGGUGAGAAGGACGAAGAAUUUGAAGACCCCGGACACUACCCAGAACAAGCUGAAGAAGAACACUUUGAGGUUGAAUCUAGCUAUCACUCCGGUAUGAGUUCGGGGGGUGAUCAUGAGUUCAAAUCUGAAGAAGAUCAUGAAAAAGACAAUGAAUCUCAGGAUGAGCCUCAAGUGGCUGGCAAUGAAAGCGAAGAGGUUGGUGAAUCAGAUGCCGUCAAAGACGUGAAGGAAGAGUCUUCGAAUGAAGCGAUGAAGGACCUCGCUUCUAACAUCAAGGAAGGAGCUAAGAAAGCGUUCGGUUUGUACUAA